CUGUUUCCGAAUUUAAUCGGCGAUAUUGUUGUUUUAUUCUGUUUAAUUAAUCCAAUCUAUUAGUUCCAAUUCCAUUGAGGCAUCGGCCACUCACCAUGGCCAAAGCAGCCGUGCUCUUCGGUCUUUCCUGGCUGGCCCAGUCUGCGCUCGCCAAAGACGUCCAUUUAUCCUGGAACAUCACCUGGGUCAAUGCAGCUCCUAAUGGUUACUCACGUCCCGUGAUUGGAAUCAACGGAGAAUGGCCGUGUCCGCAGGUUGAUGUCGACUUGGGAGAUCGGUUGAUCGUGGAUGUGUAUAAUGGUCUGGGGAAUCAGACGACGGGUAUUCAUUGGCAUGGAUUCCGGCAGUAUAUGACGGGGACGAUGGACGGGUCUUCAGAUGUCACUCAGUGUCCGCUUACUCCUGGGAGUAGGAUGACUUAUGAUUUCAUGGCGAACCAAACAGGGACAUAUUGGUACCACUCACAUAACAUGGGUCAAUACCCCGACGGUCUUCGCGGUUCUCUAAUUGUUCACGACCCCUUGUCUCCAAUCGAAUUCGACGACGAAUUUACCCUGACCUUCACCGACUGGUACAAUGAGCAAAUGCCAACUCUCCUGAACAUUUACCAGUCCGACGCAAAUGGGGAUGCAAAUGGCGGCCUUGAGCCGCUCCCCAAUGCAACGCUGAUAAACGACGCAUCUGAUGCCAAGAUCAAGGUCGAGCCCAACAAGACGUAUCUCGUGCACAUCGUCUGUCUGGGUAACUGGCCAGGUCAUACAUGGUUCUUUGAGGGUCAUGAUAUGACCGUUGUCGAGGUGGAUGGGGUCUAUACGGAUCCGUACCCAGUAUCUGAUAAGAAGUUGCGUGUCACGACCGGGCAACGUAUGAGUGUUCUCAUCCGUACGAAGCCUGAUAUCAGCCGCAACUAUGCUAUCUGGGAUACGACGGAUCUUAAUAUGAUGUUCUUCUACGAGAACCGGGAUAUCCCAGCCGGCUUCAACCCUAACGCUACGGCAUGGCUUGUCUACGAUGAGGCUAAGGAGCUACCGCCGGCACCACCCGUUCACAACCUCGAUCCUAACUUGGACUUCGUUGACGAUGUCGAGUUUGUGCCUCUUGACAAGGAACCGCUCCUGGAGCCCGUCGACAAGCAGAUCAUCCUGCACACGGGGUCUAGGGAGAUCAAUGGCGUCUCGCGGUUCACAGUCAAUGGCCAGACGUACAGGGCGCCAGAAGUGCCAACCCUUUACACAGCGUUGACAGCAGAUGACCCCACAGACGAGGCGAUAUACGGACAGGUCAACCCGAUGGUUGUGAACUAUGGCGAGGUCGUCGAGAUUGUGAUCAACAACCAUCACGCUAACCUGCACCCGUGGCAUCUGCAUGGGCACCAGUUCCAGGUUUUGCAAAGGUCCGCUGUAGAUGGGGGGAUGUUUAACGGAUACUUCGGCAAUAUCUCAUCGACGCCUGUCCAGCGCGAUACUAUUAUGGUGCAAAACAACGGUCACAGUGUUAUUCGCUUCCGUGCCGACAACCCAGGAAUCUGGCUGCUGCAUUGCCAUAUCGAAUGGCACGUUGAGUCGGGUUUAGUCGCGACUUUGAUUGAAGCCCCUGAUCAUAUCAACAUGACUAUCCCACAGGACCACAAGCAGAUUUGCUCUAGCUAUGGAGCGCCCACAUCCGGUAAUGCAGAUGGAAACAUUGGGGAUACUGUGGUCGUGCCCCAGCUUACCCAGGGUAAUGUCGGGUGAGUGGCUUCCUGGGACCCGAGUCAGAGCGCUGGUUUG